AUGGCUUUGAUUGCCAACAAAGCCUAUUUGGGUCAUCGCACCAAAAGAAGAAAAACAUCAGAUUCAUUACCGGAUUGGCCCGGACUUCCCAUUGACUUGUGGGAAUCAAUCCUGACCCGAUUGUCUGUCGUCGACUUGCUUGGUGCCACAACAGUAUGUCAUUCUUGGUGCUCUCUUGCAAAAGCCCGAAUAUCAUCACUAGAGAGUCCACUGUUUGAUCAACCAUUGGUCUUGCUUCCUGGUACUGAUCAAGACAAUAAAAUUAGGCGUUGCUUAUACAAUUUUGCAGAGAAAAAAGCCUACAAGCAGCUGAAAAAAAUCCCAGAAGACUUGGUUAAUUGCAAAGGAUCAUCCCAUGGGUGGUUGAUUUUUUUGGACCCAAAAGCAAUACCAUACAUCUUCAGUCCAUUCUUGGAGGUUUUGAUUAAACUUCCUCCUUUUCGUGUUAGCGGUGAAGUUUGCAAAACAAGCAUUGAUUCCUUCUUUGUUCGGGAUAUUAAGAAAGGUGUUCUGUCAUCAGCCCCAAUUCAUUGUGACAACUAUUGGGUUGCAGUAAUAUAUGGUUCAGUUGAAAUCUGGGAUUUCAAUAAUUCUUUACCUAAAAAAAAGAUGGAAAUUCAACCCAUUUUUCCUGAGAAAAAAUGGAAAUUUGAAAAGUCUCUUGGAGAUAAUCUUUAUACUAUUCAAAGUUACAUUGUGGAAUCAAAGGGUGAUCUUUUGCUUAUUUUGAGUCAGAAAAAAUGGGUAGAACUGGCAUCAUUAGGCGAUGAUCAGGUAUUGUUUUUGGGUCCAAAUCAAUCAGUGUCACAUUCAGCAAAGAGUUUUCCAUAUUGUAAAGGAAAUUCGAUUUACUUCACUGAUGAGUACUAUUGUGAUCAUUUGGGUGAAAAUGACAUAUAUGGUCAUGACACGGGCAGGUUUGACAUGGAGAAUCAGAGUAUAGAACUUAUUAACGAAGAUAAAGAUGAUUGGCAAAAAAUUGACCCAGCACCCAUUUGGGUUGUUCCUAAUCCAUGCUAG